AGCCUUGACCAUUUCUAAGUGAGACCCAGGAGUAGCUCCAGGGCAGUGGAGCCCACCUCCUCAGGCGCCAAGGCCGAGCGCAGCUGAAGAGACCGAGGGUAUGUUGAAGCCAAAGGAUCUGUGCCCUCGGGCGGGCACUCGUACUUUUUUGGAGGCGAUGCAAGCUGGCAAGGUACACCUGGCGCGUUUUGUCCUGGACGCCCUGGACCGUAGCAUCAUUGAUUGUCGGGCGGAGCAGGGGCGCACGCCUCUCAUGGUGGCGGUGGGGCUACCAGACCCCACGCUCAGAUCCCGCUUCGUACGGCUGCUGCUGGAACAGGGCGCGGCCGUGAACCUGCGAGACGACAGGGGCCGCACGGCGCUGAGCCUGGCCUGCGAGCGGGGCCACCUGGACGCGGUGCAGCUGCUGGUGCAGUUCAGCGGCGACCCAGAGGCGGCAGAUUCGGCGGGCAAUAGCCCAGUGAUGUGGGCCGCCGCGUGUGGCCACGGCGCCGUGCUCGAAUUCCUGGUGCGCUCUUUCCGCCGCCUUGGCUUGCGCCUCGACCGCACUAACCGCGCGGGUCUCACAGCAUUGCAGCUCGCGGCCGCCCGAGGCCACGGGCCUUGCGUCCAAGCGCUCACAGGGCCCUGGGGCCGUGCUGCCGCUGCAGCGGCGGCCCGCGCCCGGGGCUCUACCUCGGACAGUCCCCCGGGCCGGCCCAGUGCUGCGCCCAGCCCUGAGCGUCGCCGGCCUAGCCCCCGCCGCCUUCCGCGGCCCCUUUUGGCCCGCUUCGCCCGGGCAGCUGGCGGCCAUGGGGGUGAAACAGGCAUCGGGGGCAAAGGCUCGGGCCGACAGAGAUCGUUGGGCAACGAGCGGCCUGAAUUUGGCCGCAGCAUGAGCUUGGCGCUGGGCUCGGUGACCGAGGAGGAGGCUGCGCGGGUCCGGGCAGCAGCUCAGCUCCCCCAGCCAAAUUCCCCUCAGGCCUCGGGCACCGGGAGGUGGCGCUCGCAGGAGCUACUGGAAGGCAAGGCUCUGACCCUAAUCAAGGCUCCUGGUGGGCUCACCCCCCAUCCUGAGGGCGGCCCUGGGAGAGGCCGUCUCGGUCUGCGCCGCCGUUCUACUGCGCCGGACAUCCCCAGCCUAAUGGGGGAGGCGCAAGGGUCAGACGGCGGGCUGGAGCAGGAGCUUGACUCGCUGCCCCUCACUCUGCCUGGCCAGCAGACCCCUUGGCAGGGGGGUACCGAGGCAGAAGCAGUGGUCUUGCAAGCCCAGCGGUGAAGAGGCCCGAGGGCGCUUCACCAAGAUUCCCCAAACCCAAAUUCUCCUGUGCUGGAUCCAUGCAACAACCCAGUUCCUCCUCUUCCCUAUUGACCCUCCCACCUCUGCAAGGGCCAGAGUUGCUCUCUCGUUCUUACAGGGCCAUCCAAAUUUCCUGUGUCUCCCGGGUCUGCUUCUCCACCCCUGGCAUCCACCAGAGUAGCCAGAGUAGCCUGUGGCCUCUGAACAAUCCCUCUGAGGGGUUUGCACUAUUCUCCUCUCCCCUCCCCCAUCGUCCCCGUUGUUUCCCCCAUCGCGACCCCCGUCCUUGCCCUCCUUUCCAUUUCGUUUAGAUUUUCCUCCUCCAUCCAGUGGGCCAGCUCUUCCCUUUCCUUAUCUUCCCCGUGCACUAAAAGCAAGUAGAAGAAAAACUGGUACCCAACAGACUCGGGGCCCACGGUCUAUAUGAACCUAAGGGUGUAGUAGCUUUGAAAGUCUUAGCCUGUUAGUGAGACCUAGAAUCAUAGAUUGUUAAAUCUGAAAAAUAUCUUAGAGUGCAUUUGCUCCAACCUGUUCAUUUCAUAAAUGAGAAAACAGGGACCCAGAAGAAAUCAAGAGACUCUCCCAAGGUCAUACAGGUAGUAACUAGCCAGAUAUCAAACCGAAGGCUCUUUAUUCCCUAAUCCAUUGCAGUUUCCCAUUACACCUUGCUGCUUCCCUAACCUUUAGCGUUCAUUUUUGCAAACGGUAGAAAUGCCAAUACAUUCUCUGUGCUGCAACCAUAGCAUCUUGAGGGAUGAGAGAAUACUUUCUCAGAAUGCUGGCAGCCAUCUGCCCCAGGUGAUUGCAAGCUUGCUCCAGGUAUGUCUAUGACACAGUCCUUUCUCUCCCUGCACCAAUAGUGAUGAUGCCCCAGUGCCAGGGCAAGGGGAGAGCAAAAGGGGGGGGGCGGUCCGGAAACCUGAGGAACAAAAGGAUCCUUCAUGAAUUCUGUCACUUAUUAUGAGUCUUUGGGAAUGAGGGAGAAAACUAUGUGUUUAAUUACUAUGAAAGGGUAUUUUCCCCCAAAAGCAGUCCGAUACGAAUGAAAAACAGCUGGUUAGGAAUCUUUGCUAUUGUCCUCUAAUGUCCCUUAUGCCAUAGGAACAUAGGUUUAGAACUGCUGGGGGCCGUAGGGGCCAUCAACUCCAACCCCUUCAUUUUACAGAUGAUUAAACUGAGACCCAGGUUGAUUGGCUUGUUUAGGGGCAGAUAGCUAAUAAGUAUCAGAAAGGAGUUCUGCACUCAGGUCUCUCUGACUUCAAGUCUAGUGACCUAUCUCCCAGGGUAUGCUGGGUGCAGUAGUCCUAGGUUCUAAGUGGGAUCUGACUGGGGGGGCGGCGCUACCAGUUACAGACUAUCCUGAGUACCUUUCCAAACUUUUCUGGCUCUCUUCCCCCAAAACAUCCAUAUCCUAGCUAUUGAACAGCCACCACGGGAAAACAACUAAACCUCUUUUAGUUUCCAUUGGGUCUAAAUCGAGUUUUUGAGGUAAGGAAUCCAAAGGUUUAUGACAGUUACUCUCAUUUCCCCAAGUCUUCCACUUCACUGUUUCCACUUAAUUCUAAGACACUUCAAGGGGAAAUGUUUCCUUAGUGCUCCCCCACCUCUGUGCCCCAAACUCCCCCUCUCUCACCAUCUGCACAGAAGGUGUUCCCAUAGGUUUGUGCUUUAGAUAUGGGCUUGCAAGGCUUUGGCUUAAUUUUUCCCUUUGCUUUCAAAUAACUGCCAUUUGGAGGCUUUGUACAUACAGCAGAAAGCAGCAGGCUUGAUUUGAGGUUUAAGAACCUUGACAAUAUCUCUCUAAAUAGAAGCUCUGCGAGGGAGAUAAUUGACUGAAGUGUUUGUGAUGUUAAACUAAGAAGCAGUGAAGCUGGAAGCCCACACUAACUGCAGGUCCCCGUUUAAAUUACAUCAAACUCCCGCAAGAGCUAGAAGGAAGCUGCUAAAAAGUCUGCAGCUUCUAGCUGGGCUGUAGAUGGAGGGUAGAGUGAUGAUGGAUGCUAGAAGCUGACCCCCACCAGGGAACCAACUGGUUAUGCCAUUCUGACCCCCACCUCAUCACCACCCCCGUGGGACGGGGUCCAAUUUCAUCCCCAUUACCGACAGAUUAGUGAGUCAGAAGCAACUGCCAAGAGGUAGUUAAAAAGUUCUUUUUCUCCUCUUCCCUCCUCAUUCCUCCUCCUUCUUCUCUCCUGCUUCCUCCCUCCUCCUUCACUCUUCACCCUCUCUUUUUGUUAGCCUAGACUAGUGGGCCUGUGUUUAUAUGCAGGCACUAGGACCCUGUAGAAGCUCCAGGGCUUCAAGAGAGACUUUGCAGAUGGAAUUUUUGCUACCAGGCUGAG